AGAUAUAGAGUUUUUAGUUUUUACCUUCAUGUGUUUCUCUCAAUACAAGUCGUUUUUAAACUUCCUUUUUCAUUGUUUGUUGUUAGUUGUUUUGGUAUGGUAAAAUGGAAAUGUCCAUGAAAGUUAGAUUUACUUUGUGCAUUUUGCAUUACUAGUAAUGCUUUUGUAGCUCCUUUUUUUCAACUAUUUUUUUUUUCUUUCUUGGCGUUGAAAGAGAAAAAUGGAUCACAAUAUUAUUUUUGAGAGGAAGAAAAGAAGUUUCACUUCUUAUACUCCUCAUCUUCUUCUUGCUUUCUUAUUCACCCUUCUUCUACAAACCGUUAUAAUAGUUGAAUCCAAAAACCUAAACUACACAAGGUAUAGGCAAGUUAGUGGUUUGAGACUUGAAAGGAUUCAAAGGCACUUGGACAAGAUUAACAAGCCUCCUGUCCUAACCAUUGAGAGUCUAGAUGGUGAUCUCAUUGAUUGUGUUCACAAAAAAAAGCAACCAGCCUUAGAUCACCCUCUUUUAAAGAAUCACAAGAUCCAGAAAAUGCCAACAAGAAUGCCAAAGGGAAUGAAUAUGAAUAUUAACGUGGAAUCUAGAAAUGAGAGAAGUGGUGGUGCAUGGCAAAUGUGGCACAAAAAUGGUACACGUUGUCCAAAGGGAACGGUUCCGAUACGGCGGAGCACGGUGCAUGAUGUGUUGAGAGCUAACUCAUUAUAUGAAUUUGGUAAGAAACAACGGCGGUCGUCUUUUUUACUCCGCCGCGCCGACGCCCCGGAUGUUGUUUCCGGCAAUGGCCAUGAGCAUGCGAUUGCUUAUACAGAAUCAGGGCAAGAAGUGUAUGGUGCAAAGGCAACAAUAAAUGUGUGGGAUCCAAGAAUUGAAGUUGUGAACGAAUUCAGUCUUUCUCAAAUUUGGAUUCUUUCUGGAUCCUUCGAUGGCUCAGAUCUUAACAGCAUUGAAGCUGGAUGGCAGGUCAGUCCGGAGCUUUAUGGUGACAAUAGGCCCAGAUUAUUCACUUACUGGACGAGUGACGCAUAUCAAGCAACAGGAUGCUACAACCUUCUUUGUGCUGGUUUUGUGCAAACAAAUAGCAAGAUAGCUAUUGGUGCUUCCAUUUCUCCUCUCUCAUCUUAUGAUGCCAACCAAUAUGACAUUACCAUCCUCAUUUGGAAGGAUCCGAAAAUUGGGAAUUGGUGGAUGAGUUUUGGCGACAACCCUAACACAUUGGUAGGGUAUUGGCCGGUAGAGUUAUUCACGCACUUAGCCGACCGUGCCACCAUGGUGGAAUGGGGCGGCGAGGUGGUGAAUACUCGUGCCAACGGCCAACACACCUCGACCCAAAUGGGUUCCGGCCACUUCGCUGACGAUGGUUUCGGAAAAGCAAGUUACUUCAGGAACCUUGAAAUCGUAGACACGGACAAUAGUCUCACCUCGGUGAACAACAUCUUAACCUUAGCGGAGAACAAAAAUUGUUACAAUAUCAAGAGCUCCUACAACAACAAAUGGGGAACAUACUUUUACUAUGGUGGCCCUGGCAACAAUCCACAAUGUCCAUGAUCAUGAAAUGAUUAAAAAUCAACUCAUUAUCAUAAUCACUAUUUAAUUUCUUCCAUUUCAGCUAGCACUUAUAUAUAUGUAAUAUAAUUUUCUAAUUAGCUAGCUAGUUAAUUACAUUCAUCUUUAUCUGGCUAGCUUCAUGUUACAUUCUUUAUUUGUACGUAAAUAUAAAAUUGUAAUUGAGCCAUUUCCACUUUUGUUUCUGCCACGUCAUGAAUGCAUAAAACACGACUGGAAAUGGCAAAAUUUGAAUUACUUCUAUGAAAUGUCAUGCUUAAUUUUGUCAUGACUAAAUUGCCCCCUUUUCUAA